ACGAACUCAUACAGUCUCUGAGAAGAGGCAAAAAUCAAUUUUACUAUCACAUUUUCGACUGUUUUGCAAAUGGAAACCCUAGGUUUUCGUUGUACCAAUCCGCUUCUAGCUCCUCGCCGCACCGCCGCCGGACCUUUAGCAGCCUCCUUCAGGACUAGUUUUGCCGUUAAAUGCGGCAUUUCACUACCAUCGUUGGUGGACCACUCUGUUAAGUUCAAGGAAGCAGCAAAGGAUGGGAAUUUGAUCCCUCUAUACAGACCUAUAUUUUCUGAUCACUUGACUCCAGUGCUUGCAUAUCGGUGCUUGGUGAAGGAGGAUGAGAGAGAUGCCCCCAGUUUUCUUUUUGAGUCCGUUGAGCCAGGUUUAAAAGCUUCUAGUGUUGUAAGGCGCUAUAGUGUUAUUGGAGCUCAACCAACAAUGGAAAUUGUGGCGAAGGAGAACAUGGUGACCAUAGUCGAUCACUUUAAGGGAGAGAGGACAGAGAAGUUUUUGGAGGAUCCCAUGGUUGUUCCUCGCAUGUAUAUGGAGAAGUGGAUACCACAGCGAAUCGAUGAGCUCCCUGAAGCAUUUUGCGGUGGUUGGGUUGGUUAUUUUUCAUACGACACGGUUCGUUAUGUAGAAAAGAAAAAGCUUCCUUUCGCAAAAGCUCCUAUGGAUGACAGAAACCUUCCUGAUGUUCACCUUGGCCUUUAUGAUGAUGUAAUUGUGUUUGAUCAUGUGGAAAAGAAAGCAUAUGUGAUACACUGGGUCAGGUUGGAACAGUAUAAAAACGUUGAGGAGGCCUAUCAUGGUGGAAUGAAUAGAUUAGAAGCUUUAGUUUCAAGAGUGCAUGAUAUACAAACUCCUAGACUUGCUGCAGGUUCAAUAAAAUUACACACUAGCCUUUUUGGUCCCUCUUUGAGCAAGUCCACCAUGACAAGUGAAGAAUACCAAAAUGCAGUAAUAAAAGCUAAGGAGCAUAUCCUAGCAGGGGAUAUCUUCCAGAUUGUCCUCAGCCAGCGAUUUGAACGUCGAACUUUUGCAGAUCCUUUUGAAGUGUAUAGAGCAUUAAGAAUUGUCAAUCCAAGUCCAUACAUGACAUACUUACAAGCAAGAGGCUGUAUCCUUGUUGCUUCAAGUCCUGAAAUUCUUACUCGAGUUAAGAAGGGUGUAGUUACUAACCGACCUCUAGCUGGAACUAUACGGAGAGGUAAGACAUUACAGGAAGAUUAUAUGCUGCAAAAUCAGCUUUUGCAUGACGAAAAACAGUGUGCAGAACACAUUAUGCUUGUUGACUUGGGAAGGAAUGAUGUUGGAAAGGUGUCAAAACCGGGCUCUGUCAAGGUUGAAAAACUGAUGAACAUUGAACGCUAUUCCCAUGUCAUGCACAUCAGUUCAACUGUUACUGGUGAGCUUCUACCUAAUUUGACCAGUUGGGAUGCUCUCCGUGCAGCAUUGCCUGUUGGAACUGUCAGUGGAGCUCCUAAGGUGAAAGCUAUGGAAUUGAUUGACGAACUAGAGGUGACGAGACGGGGGCCUUACAGUGGUGGUAUAGGUGGCAUUUCGUUCUCCGGAGAUAUGGAUAUUGCCUUAGCUUUGAGAACCAUCGUGUUCCCAACCAACAUGAGGUACGACACUAUGUACUCGUACAAGGACAGCGAGAAGCGCCGCGAUUGGGUCGCCCAUCUCCAAGCGGGGGCUGGUAUCGUUGCCGACAGUGAUCCUGCUGAUGAGCAGAGGGAGUGCGAAAACAAGGCCGCUGCUCUUGUUCGUGCCAUCGAUCUUGCAGAGUCAUCAUUCAUCGAAAAGUAACCUCCUUCGGUUUCCAUACUCCAUCCCACAAAUACCUCGGAAAAUUUAUAUGACCUAGUAGUUGUAGAAAGAAAUCUUUCAUUUCACUGUAGGAGUUGGGUUUCCUCUCUAUCAAGUUGUAGAUGGAAAAGAUGGCUUAGGUUGGUUUCUUGCUCCAGUUUUUGUUCGACAUUUUGCAAAUUAUGUGAUGCUCAUGUUGUUGCUUGCAAAUAUUCUGUUUAUUUAUUACGAGAAUUUGAAAAUUCAAUAAUUACAGUGCAUACACGUAUCA